GUCAUACAUAUGGGAUGGGUAAAUGAGAGACUUGAAGGAACUGAUUCAUCUCAGCUCUACAAAUUCAGGUUUCUGGCACUGAAGGGUUCAUCCUUCUACAUUUUCAGCACUCCACCGGUAAGCACACUAGACUGGGUACGAGCUGAAAAAAUCUAUAACCUCUGUGAGGUUCUAUUUAAAAUUCACAAGCUCUGGCUUGCUGACGAUUGCUGGCUACAAGCAAACAUGUAUUUAGGUAUUCAUCAGGACUUUGAUCUUGAAGACCAGAGGCCGUACUGUUUCAGUGUUAUGGUUGGACAUGGCAAGAGUCAUUAUUUCAAUGUAGAGCUGGGCAACGAGUUGGCAGUGUGGGAGAAAUCAUUUCAAAGAGCAAUUUUCUUGGAAGUUCAAAGAACAGGGUCGAAAACAUAUGUGUGCAGUUGGCAAGGGGAUACCUUGUGUUUCACAGUUGACUUUGCUCUGGGGUUUACUUGUUUUGACAGUAAAACAAAGAACGUGCUGUGGAGGUUUAAGUUCUCUCAGCUCAAAGGCUCUUCAGAUGAUGGGAAAACAAAAGUAAAGCUGCUUUUUCAGAAUCUAGACACCAAACAAAUUGAGACAAAGGAACUUGAAUUUCAGGAUCUGACGGCAGUUUUAUACUGUAUUCACUCCUUUAUAGCAGCAAAAGUGGCAUCUGUGGAUCCAGUAUUCAUAGACAGUCAGAGUAUUGCAAGAAAAUAUAUGUACAGUAACUGA